AUGUCAAGCUUAAAGACACUUUUGCAGUUAUUAUUGAUUAUUUCUCACUAUUCUGAGGCAAAAUUAGAAGCAAUUACUGAUAACAAAGAGAAUUUAGCAGCAUCUGCAGCUAUUCAUGAUGUUGUUGAUGUGUUUUUUGUGAAUCCAGGCAUUCUGGUUGAGAUUUUUGUGUUUCAUCGCGAGAAUGAAGACAAUUUUGAUGAGAAUUCUGAAGAAAACAAUUCAAGACCUUCCACAAAAGAUGUCAAUUCUCCAAAAUACCAGGAAGUUGCACACAAAUUCCUUUCAAAAUCCACAAACUUCACCUACCGACUCAGCACAAACCAAACUAAAUACGUAAAUGUUCAACUCUAUGCAGCUAGAAAAUCAAUAAUUUUUUUCAUCAAUUCCUGCGCUGACUUCCUUCAUAUCCACUAUGAAUUCAUACCUUUUAACAGAUACAUCCGUCCAACUAAGUUCCUAGUCUACAUCGAGAACUGCAGCUUCAAUUAUUUAACUACAAAUCUUGAAAAACUCAUCCAACUUCAACGACUUUCAAUGCGUAAAGGAGCAAUCGAAAAUUUUGAAUAUUUACUCAUCAAUGAUAAAAGUUUGCUGUACCUUACAUCCAUCGAAUGGUUCUCGCCAACAAUCUGUAAUAGAGCUCACCUCAAAGUCAUCAACACCUUCAAUAAAUCCACACAAAAAUGGAACAGAAAAUUGGAAAAUCAUAAAAAAUUCCAAAACUUCCACGGAUGUGAGCUUGUUAUGCUGCUGUAUAAAAGAACUGGCGGUGAGAAGCUUGGAACUUACGAGAUUGACAGUCAUACCAAAUCAAUUAUUCCAGUUGGAUUGACUCCAACAAUUUUUAGAAUGAUCGCCAAAAAGUUCAACUUUAGACCUGACUUCCAGGCUGGAAAACUUCACAAGCCAAUGACAAUUUUCCAUUCAUCCAAUGGAGUUACUUUAGAUCAUGUCAAUGGAAGCUAUAAGCAUCCAGACGUCUGUUUUGAGGUCAUUAGAUUCAAACAAAUGAAUUCAAUGUUCGCACAAACAACAGUCAGCUUUUUGGAGGUAUGUGACAUCAUCUUGGUCACUCCUGGCGAGCUUUAUUCUUCAUUUGAGAAGCUGUUCCUGCCUUUUGAUGACUGGACAUGGCAGUUGAUUGUAAUUACAUUUGUAACAGCUUUUGUGGCUAUUUUUGUGAUCAAUCGACUGCCAAAAAUAUUUCAGACGACAAUUUAUGGUGAAAAUGUAACAACUCCGGUGCUGAAUGUUGUCAGUUCCUUCUUUGGAAUCUCACAAGUCAAGCUGCCUGACAAGAACUUUCCGCGAUUUAUAUUAACUAUGUUUGUGAUGUUUUGCCUGAUUUUCAGGACCUGCUAUCAAAGUAAACUGUUUGAAUUCAUGACAAGUGAGCCACGACGAGCUCCUCCAAAGUCUAUUGAAGAUCUAGUCGACAGGAACUACACAAUGUAUGUUGCACUUGACUUUGCAGCUGGUGAGCCACUAACAGCAAAUGAGAACUGGCCGAACAUAAAAACCGUUGACAUUUUCGAAUAUUCAAAUAUUUUCAAGACACAGUCUCAAAACUCAUCAGCCAGGAUAGCAAUGACUAUGCAGUCAAUGAUGUUAGACCAUUACGAAUCAGUUACAGGAGAUGCAAAGUUUUGGCUACAAAUUCCAGACACAUCAGUUCAAGUCAGUCAAAUCGGUUUCUCGAUGUUUGCCAACAAUUUCUUCUUGCAAGGAUUAAAUCAAGUGACUGAGCAGUUAGUGGCAUCGGGAAUCAUGUGCAAAAUUGUUGAGGAAGUGAUGGGAAGCAAGAGGAAGUUUGUGAAGACCUCGGAACCACAAACAUUGUCAAUAGAAAAUUUGGGAUUUGGAUUCAUCAUUUGGAUUAGUUUUUGUGGAUAUUGCGUGUUGAUUUUUAUGUUGGAAUUGACUAUUGGUAGCUUUGUGAAGUUGUUCGUUGAUUCAGAGACUUUUGAAAAUGGAUGUGCAAGGAACUGGAUUAGAAUGAAGAUGGAAAUCGUUUUGAGACUUACUAAAAGGAUUUUCAAACAGUUACGAAAAAUAUGGUCAAGGUUGAUGCAGCUGGUUGGAAAGAACUGA